AUGAGUGGUUUUUACAUGCAGUACCUGGAAAGUCUCUGCCGACGACGUGGUUGGAUUGACCCCUCGUACGAAUGCUACCGCGACCCCAACGGCUUUACAUGCCUCGUUCUUGUUAAUGGUCGCGCAUACCAGACGGAUUUGGCGUACGCAUCCGACUCGCUAGCACAGGAAAACGCCGCCAUGCGCGCCUUUAUGGUCUGCCGCAACUUCUCCGUCAACGGAGGCAUGCUGGCGCGCAACGGCAUUGUCCAAGGCCUUCCCGCCGCACCGGAGAGCAGUCGUCGACGAAAGAGCCGCCACAGCUCAGCGCGAGAGAGCCCCGAUCACAACAGCGGAGGCCGACGAUCGGGCCACCACUCGAGCAGCAGCUCGACCGCCUCGUUUGACUAA